AUGUAUGCUACUUAACCCUAGGAUAUCAAAUGGAAGGAAGGGCUUCUUUGGGACAGCUCUGUCCGUGAUGAAUAGCUCUGCCAAUGAAUGAAUUCUUACGUAUUCAGAACGCACAACACGUGUUUCAGAUCCUUAAUACAUAAAAGGAGUAGUUAGCUCUCAGCACAGAACUAAAAGAAAAAUUAUCAUGCCUACUACAUUCAGGGAAGGAGAAGGAGCCCAGCAUAUUUGAGACAGCAGAAACAAAAGAAUAUGCUACUGUAUCUGAAGACUCUGACAUCUGCUUUGUCUGUACAAAGGAUAAAGGAAUUCUGCAUGUUGAACAUAAUGAAAUCCAUCUAUAAACGUUGGAUUUUUACAUUUGUUUGAAUUGCUGGAGGAUAUUUUUUUAAGUGAAUUGUGGCACUCCUUGCUCAAGGAAGUAAGAUUUGUGCUUUGGAAGCUUAUUGUGCACACAAGAUAAAUGCAGCUGCUGUAGUUUAAUGAGCUUGUGAGAGAAAUCAAUUUGACCGAAGUAAGGAGAAAAUUUGAAUUGAUUGCUUUUGGCGUCUUGUUCAUGCUUGCAUUCCUAGGUGUUUAACCUGUACACGAAUGUGUGUGUGUGAGCAAAAAACAUCUCCGUGAUGAAAUCCGGAUUUCCAGUUGUCACGGCUACUUAAAUAUGUUGUGACAGUGCCAAUAAGGAAGGAGAUUAAAAUAUAUAUAACUGAUCAGAGGCACCGACUGCCGUUCUUCAUAGUAGAAGCAGCUAAUGUUUCUUUAUUUGCAAAGAAGAAAACAUUGAAAAUAAAGGGGAAACAGGAAGAUAUUGGAAGAUUUUCAUAAUCUAGAGUAGUCAAGAGUUGAAAACAUGGAUGAUUCAAGCAUUCUGCGAAGGAGGGGGUUACAGAAGGAACUUAGUCUCCCUAGAAGAGGAAGUUUAAUCACCUCUCCUUUCCUCUCCCACUGCCGAGGAAGUGAUGUCCACCAGCAUGCGUUCUCCCCUACAUCUGCUCCAGGUCUGCAGCAUCUUAAAAUCCCACUUAGUGCUGACUGUGCCCUUGCUACUUCUCCUCUAGUGUUUUACCUCAACCCACAACCUCAGAGCAACCCUGGUAGUCCUUGCUACAGCAAUCCACUUCAGUGGAGCUGUCGGACCAGUAAUCGAAAGAGCUUGAUUGUAACAUCCAGCACAUCUCCAACACUUCCACGGCCACAUUCUCCACUCCAUGGCCAUGCAGGUGGAAGUCCAUUGGAUAGUCCCAGAAAUUUCUCCCCAAAUGCGCCUUCUCACUUUUCCUUUGUUCCUGCACGAAGCCAUGGACACAGGGCAGACAGGACAGAUGGGCGUCGUUGGUCACUGGCCUCACUCCCUUCAUCUGGAUAUGGAACAAACACUCCCAGUUCAACAGUUUCAUCAUCAUGCUCAUCUCAGGAGAAGCUGCACCAACUGCCCUAUCAACCGACAGCAGAUGAACUUCAUUUCCUGACAAAGCAUUUCAGCACAGAGAGCAUCACCGAUGAGGAAGGACGGCAUUCUCCAGCAAUGCGCCCCCGGUCUCGCAGCCUCAGUCCUGGUCGUUCUCCAGUGUCAUUUGAUAGUGAAAUAAUAAUGAUGAACCAUGUAUACAAAGAAAGAUUUCCAAAGGCCACAGCCCAGAUGGAGGAACGGCUGGCUGAGUUUAUUGCAUCCAGUGCAUCGGAAAAUGUGCUGCAGCUAGCAGAUGGAGUCCUAAGCUUCAUUCAUCAUCAAGUUAUUGAAUUGGCCAGAGACUGUUUGGAUAAAUCACGUGAAGGGCUUAUUACUUCUCGGUACUUUUAUGAGUUGCAGGAAAACCUUGAGAAACUUUUACAGGAUGCUCACGAACGAUCAGAGAGCUCAGAGGUGGCAUUUGUUACCCAGCUAGUGAAGAAGUUGAUGAUCAUCAUUGCACGGCCUGCACGAUUGCUUGAAUGUCUGGAGUUUGAUCCUGAAGAGUUCUACCAUCUGCUAGAAGCUGCUGAAGGCCAUGCCAAGGAAGGGGAAGGAAUUAAAUGUGACAUCCCUCGUUAUAUUAUCUGCCAGCUGGGCCUUACCAGGGAUCCCCUGGAGGAAAUGGCCCAGUUGAAUAGCUAUGAUAGCCCAGAUACUCCAGAGACAGAUGAUUCUACUGAGGGAAAGAGCCGGGGAGCCACUGUGCAAGUCAAGAAAACUCCAUCUGAGGAGGAAUUUGAAACUAUUAAGCUGAUCAGCAAUGGGGCAUAUGGUGCAGUGUUCUUAGUGCGCCAUAGGACUACACGGCAGCGCUUUGCAAUGAAGAAGAUCAAUAAGCAGAAUCUCAUUUUGAGGAACCAAAUUCAGCAAGCCUUUGUGGAGAGAGACAUCCUAACCUUUGCAGAAAAUCCCUUUGUUGUCAGCAUGUUCUGCUCCUUUGAAACCAAGCGGCACCUGUGCAUGGUCAUGGAAUACGUAGAAGGAGGAGAUUGUGCAACUCUUUUGAAGAAUAUUGGAGCUUUGCCUGUUGAUAUGGCAAGGAUGUAUUUUGCAGAAACUGUACUGGCACUGGAAUAUCUCCACAACUAUGGCAUCGUCCACCGUGACCUAAAGCCUGACAAUCUUCUCAUAACAUCAAUGGGCCACAUCAAGCUAACUGACUUUGGCCUCUCUAAAAUUGGUUUAAUGAGCUUGACAACCAACCUGUAUGAAGGCCACAUCGAGAAAGAUGCCAGAGAAUUCUUGGAUAAGCAGGUGUGUGGGACUCCAGAAUACAUUGCCCCAGAAGUGAUCUUGCGCCAGGGUUAUGGAAAGCCCGUGGACUGGUGGGCUAUGGGAGUAAUCUUGUAUGAGUUUCUAGUUGGCUGUGUUCCUUUUUUUGGCGAUACACCAGAAGAGUUAUUCGGGCAAGUUAUCAGUGAUGAAAUCGUUUGGCCAGAAGGAGAUGAAGCUUUACCACCAGAAGCUCAGGACCUCAUUGGUAAACUUCUCCGACAAAAUCCUAUGGAAAGACUAGGAACAGGUAGUGCAUUUGAAGUGAAACAGAACAGGUUCUUCAAGGACUUAGACUGGAAUGGGCUACUUCGACAAAAAGCAGAAUUUAUUCCACAGUUAGAGUCAGAAGAUGACACAAGCUACUUUGACACUCGUACUGAGCGGUAUCAGCAUUUAGAUUCUGAGGAAGAGGAAGACACGAAUGACGAUGAUCGUGUGGAAAUUAGGCAAUUUUCAUCAUGUUCACCAAGGUUUAGCAAGGUAUAUAGCAGUAUGGAACGUCUUUCCAUCCACGAAGAGAGAAAAACACCACCACCCACCAAGCGCAGCUUGAGUGAGGAAAAGGAUGACAGACUAGAUAGCCUUGGUGGCCUGAAGAGUCGAGACCGCAGCUGGGUGAUUGGGUCUCCUGAAAUACUGCGUAAGCAUAUCUCUGUAUCUGAAUCUUCUCAUACGGAGAGUGACUCCAGCCCACCGCUGACUGUCCGUCGGCGUUCUGGGCUUCUCGACAUGCCCCGCUUUGCCAUUUCGGCUGAGGAAGAAGGGAAAAAGAAACAGCUUGAUGGGACAUCACUGCCUAUGACACAGCCACGGGAAGGUCUUCCUCUUCCAAUUCCAGAACAGCCCGUAGAGCGAGAACUCCAACUCAAUGAUGAUGGGCUAAAAACACCCUCUUCAACUGUCAGUAAUGUGAGCAGCUCAACACUAACAGCUGGGAGCACUACAGACUUCUCUGAUCACCGCACUCGCAGUAACAGCAAUGAGGGCCCAGAAUUUACUACUCCCAAAGCCACAAGUGACUUGGCAGUGCGGCGAGCCCGACACAGGUUACUCUCUGGUGAGUCAGGUGAAAAACGGACUUCACGGCCUGUCAAUAAAGUGAUUAAGUCAGCAUCAGCCACUGCCCUCUCCCUCCUAAUUCCCUCAGAGCACCAUACAUGUUCUCCAUUGGCUAGUCCAAUGUCACCUCAUUCUCUUUCUUCCAACCCAUCUUCGAGAGACUCAUCUCCAAGUCGAGACUUUUCUCCUGCUGUGAUGAACCCUAAGCCACCAAUUAUCAUCCACCGAGCUGGGAAGAAAUAUGGCUUCACACUUCGUGCCAUUAGAGUCUAUAUGGGAAACAGUGAUAUCUACACAGUGCAUCACAUGGUCUGGCAUGUAGAAGAAGGUGGCCCUGCUAGUGAAGCUGGUCUGCGGGAAGGGGACUUGAUAACCCAUGUGAAUGGAGAGCCUGUACAUGGAUUGGUUCAUACUGAAGUGGUGGAGUUAAUCCUCAAGAGUGGGAAUAAAGUGUCCAUAUCUACUACACCUUUUGAGAACACAUCGAUCAAAGUGGGGCCAGCUCGGAAGGCCAGCUAUAAAUCGAAGAUGGCUAGAAGGAACAAGAAAAGCAAAACAAAGGACGGACAGGAAAGUAAGAAGAAGAGCUCUUUGUUCAGGAAGAUCACCAAGCAGGCUUCUCUGCUUCAUACCAGCAGGAGUUUAUCUUCCCUCAACCGUUCUCUGUCAUCUGGGGAAAGUGUUCCUGGCUCACCUACUCACAACCUCUCCCCUCGUUCACCAACACAGAGUUACCGAUCUACUCCUGAGUCUGCACAUUCAGUUGGUGGAAACUCUUCUCAGAGCAGUUCACCUAGUUCCAGUGUUCCGAAUUCUCCUGCCAGUUCAGGACACAUCCGUCCCAGCUCUUUGCAUGGGCUAGCACCAAAGCUUCAACGGCAAUAUCGUUCUCCAAGACGUAAAUCUGCAGGAAACAUUCCUCUCUCUCCACUAGCACACACUCCCUCACCAACUCCACAGUCCACGUCACCUCAGCGCUCACCUUCCCCUUUGCCAGGGCAUUCAGUUGGCAGUUCAGGCAUCAUGCAGUCUUUCCCUGUGAAGUUACACUCCUCCCCACCUCUAGUCCGACAGAUUUCAAGGCCCAAGAGUGCUGAGCCUCCAAGAUCCCCUCUGCUGAAGAGAGUCCAAUCAGCUGAGAAAUUGACCUCCUCUCUAUCAUCCUCAGAAAAAAAGCUGCCCUCUUCACGCAAACACAGCUUGGAUAUCUCCCAUUCCGAAUUUAAGAAGGAGAUGCUCCAGAGAGAUCCAAGCCUCCAAAGCUGGCAGGAAUCUAUGAAUGAAACAACUGGAGGUAAAGUUGGGCUUGCAGAAAAGGGAACACUACAAAAACCUUCUUCCAGGAAAUUAGGGGCUAUUCGGCAAGACAGGGUGGAGAGAAGGGAGUCUCUCCAGAAGCAGGAGGCCAUCACAGAAGUAGAUUCUUCUGAGGAUGAAACUGAUGAAGGGUCAGAAGACAGUCAAGACGGGAAAAAAAUGGACAGGCCACCCUUCAGUACGGACCACCACAUUUCUGAUCCUUUCACAGAGGAGAUGAAGCAUUCUUCCAAGUUGGAAAGCAAAGACAGUAUGGAAGAUGAUGCUUUUCUCCCUGAGGAAACAAAAACUGAUAAUUUGCAGAAUGGGGCAAAUCAACAACAACCAAAGGAUGUUGCAAGGACAUCACUGACUGACAUAGAUGAGUCACAGACUGAAGUUUGUGCAAGAACUUCACCUAUAGAAAAACCUGGUGGCUCUGAAACAAUUAUGCUAAUAUCAGAAUCUGAAACAACAUCAGAGUUAAUACAAGGCAAUAAACCUGUAAGUCAAAAAGAUGCCUAUUUCGAAGAUGCUAAAGAUCCUACGGAAACUCUGAUUAUCCAGGAAAGCAGAGACUGUCCAGAGCAGGUGAAGUGCCUACCACUGAGAUUUCUGCAGCUUGGUCAAGGUGACUGCUCAGGACUGGCAAGUGACAAAAAUAACCUGAAGGAAUCUGCUCCUAAAGCCAACUAUAUAUUUUCACACAAUACUAUCCCUUUGUUAGCACUUUCUUCUUCUACUUGCACAAGUAGCACAAGCUCUCUUCCACUAGUAAGCCAAAUGGAUUGCAAAGACAUGCUUCGGAAAGAGGAACUCCAGUCUACCAAGGAGAGCGCUAGUAUUCAGAAUCUGGGAGAUAAUGGCAAAACCUCUUCACAAAGCUGUCCAAAUGUAGAAGAACCACAAGAGUUGUCCUCUGCAGUGGCAAUUUCAAAACACAAAAGUCAUACAAGUGAUAAAAACCUAAGUUGUCUUCCAGGUAGUCCAAAAUUCACACUUGAUGUCCAAGCUGAAAGUGGAGAAGCACUUUGGUCAACUUCUUAUUUAGCAACAGGUGCAAAAGGCAUGUUGGUCCCAGUGAAUGUCAAUAUAUCUGGCUCAAGAGAACUAGAAAAAACAAGAGAAGAGUUACCACAGGAGGAACUGUUUUAUUUAAAAGGGAGUGUGCCCAAGCAAGGAAUGCAGGAGAUAGUAAAGCAAGUCCCAGAAGCAGCCAAAACUUUCAGCAUAGGUGGUCUCAUUAAAACAUGUGGUUCCUGCAUUGAGUCAGGAACCCCAGCAGUAUCUUGGGAGUCAGAGUGUCCAAUGGGAGCAAAAGAGGAGCCAGAGUGUGGUAACUCUAAUGUAUCUAAAAUGUUGGAUAAUGAGUGGCAAAUGCCUCCAUCUGAAGAUCGACCAGAUGGCACCGCAAGGCAAAGCAUGAGGGUUUCUUCACGACCAGAUGGUAGCCAGAGUUCUAAAAAGGAGACUACUUUGAUGUCAGGAAAAAUCAGCGAGACUGGAGGUCACUUACAAACGAAAGACUUCCUGUUCUCAGAAAAUAAUGUUGUGAAGAAAACAUAGCAGUAUCUCUAUAUUCAGAAACAAAGACAACAUUAGUAGAACAAAAAUAUAAAACAGAAAACCUGUACAUCUAUUUUUUUGUAGAUUUGUGUUUUCACACUCUUGCCUUUUUCAUUCUUGCAAUUCUAUUUUUGUACACAGCAUUUGCCAUUUGAUGCCUCUUGACAGGGUAUCUUUACAACAAGAUUACAAAAUGGUUUGCAAACUUCUAUUUUCUUUUUAAAUUUUCCCCCUUAAUUUUAGAGCAUCCUGUGGAUUGUCUACCUUUUGAGCAUUUUUCUCAUCUCUUUCAAAUUUCCAGAGAAAACAAGGCAGCUCUCUUGAAAAGGACAUAUUUUGACCAUCAGCUCCAAAUUUCCAAAAUUUUAGAUAAUUCCUUACAUUGGCAAGGAUAAAGAAAUAAACACAUUUGAUGGCAGACUCUUCAGAAAUUCUUAUGCCACCGCACACCUUCUUUUCUUACAUAUCGUAGACGGCCACAUAUAUCUGUGAGGGAAAUUUUACGUGUCAAUCUGUGCAAUGGGCAAUAUUUUUUUUAAAAAAAAAUUAAGCAAAAUGUUGAAACAAAUCUUCAGUUUGUGUUUGAAUUAUUUUUACUUUGUUUUAAAAGAAACACUCCAUCUUCAACCUUUUUAAAAAUUGUAAUGCUUUUUUCCUUACUGGUCUUUCUUUGCUCAGAACAGGCAAUUACCUAAAAAGAGGUAAAGGGUGUAUCAGUUACCAUAGCUCUUAGUGAAGUAGCCGAUUCCACUAACACUUUGUUGGAGGUGAGCGUCUGAGACCAUCCCACCCAUCUUGUGGGGCUAAUUAGUUUGUUGUGGAACCAGUUAACAUAAAGCAGAGUUCUUCUUUGACUUAGUCAGUGGGAAGUGAUCUUCACUGAUUUGUCGAGGAAAGGCUGAGACAAACCACUAUUAGUGAAAUAGUCCUAUUAGCUUCAGUGUAUCUUUCCCAAGUGUAAGUAUUUAGUAAGUUGGCCCCUAUAUCACACAGAUGAACUAUAUGUUUAUUAUAAUUCAGUUCCCUCUCCAUUGCUUAAUCCACUUGUGUUGUUUCUAAAAGGCCUAGGUUUUCUAAGAAACCUUUUGUUAGCUUUUGAAAGCUCAGCAUCAACUGGUGCUUUAAAAAACACACAGCUAGAUCUAUAAUACUGCACUGAUAUAGAUAUAGAUAUAGAUACACAUACAGUCAAGCAAAAGCUGCAGCAUUUCAAGUCUAUCACUUAUUGAAUCUAAUUACAGUUUAUAGGCAAAGGUGGCUAUUUCCAUAACCCCAUAAUAUUUCUGAAUUUAACUUAUAGCCUUGCCUAACAAGAUACAUCAAUAUGUGUGGGCAGAGAAAGUAAUUAUUUGCACAGUCUGCUGUUCUACGUAGACAGUUAGUUGAUCACAUGAUGACUGUAAUAGCUCUCCAGGGCAAGGACUGUGGUUAAUUAUAGUACAGCUUCGUUACCCUGCCAUGUUUCUGAUGUAAAGCCUCUUCCUGCACCAUUUCUCCUUACAGAGGCUAUAUGUACUUUUUGACUAGCAACAUGCUCUUAAAACUUUAAUUUAUUAUCAUCACAUUUCAAGUGUCUUUGUAUCUUGUUUGAACUCCCUCAUCACCCACCCACCCCGGCAAAUUACUCUAUACCUAAUUCUUGAUUCUUUGGUUUCAGUUUUGGACCAACUUAUUUUUGAUUUGGGAUUCUUUUUACAUUAACCACUGUUUGUGUGUGUGUGUGUGUGUGUGUGUGUGUAAGUGUAAGUAAAAGGGAAUGCGCUGUGUGUGUGUUGUAAUGCUGUAAAAGGUCCAUUGGUUUUCUCAUAUGUAAACUUGAAACUUUAGUACUCAAAAUGUCACCAAUAAUAGUUCCCACAUCGAUUUUAUUAAAUAAAACCUUCUAAUCUCCUUAAUCCUGCAACCAGCACUCAAGAGCUAACUUUAUGUAUUGGCAUCCAGGAUGCCCGCCUUUAAUAUCACUUUGCUGUAUUACUCUCCAAACAAGGCAAUUGGGGCACCAGUACAUAGACAUAUUUAGGAAAGGGGCAUUGUGGCUAAUAUGAGUUGAUGGCAUAGUCACUCAGAAAUGUACAUUAACUUGAAUAAUGUAAUAGUGUGAAAUACUAUAAUUUAGACUAAGAAUUUGAGCCCUGGGGAUAAAUAAUGUAGCUUCAAACAUAUCUUGUAGCAUCUGUAUACACAAAGGCAGCCAAAGGGUUUGUAUCUCUAGUUUAGCCAAAUAAAACACCUCAUUUCUUAAAAUAUAGAUGCUACCUUUUUGAUAUGCUUAUUAUACCAUUACCAGGAAACCUCUAUAGUUCUUGGAAAGCCUUCAUUUUUCACCACUACUUGGUAGAUUCCUAUAACAGGACCCACUUUAGUAAAAUUAUUGGCAAACUUUCCAUAAAAUCUCAAUGCUAAUAGAACAGAUUUAUUCUUUGGACAUUUAUAUGGAUGAGCUCUGACAAUCAUGACGUUACUGAGGACAAAUUUAGGCUCUUAAAAGCACUUAAACUUUAAGCCUAGCAGGAGGUGGUGUGUAAUGGCCAGGUUAAACGGAUGUUACCAUGUUGAGGGAAAGCAGGUGUUAGUAUGACUUAUUUUAUAGUCCAGUUAAACCACUCAGUGCAUACAGUGCUGAUCCAGCUAGCUGAGACCCUGAUCUCUGUGUCGUUCCAUGAUUGGAGAACUCUGUUUAGGCACAAGAUGUAUGCAGUUAUCUACUUUCCCAUUUUAUUUUAUUUUAUUUUGGAUGUUUGGAAUUCAUUUGUUUUCCUCAUGCAACCUUUACACUUUCAGUAUCUGAUGAUGCAUUCCUCGACAAUACUUCACACCAUUAAAUAGGGCAUCUAAAACCAGCAGAUCGAUUCUUAGUGUAAACAUUAGAUUUUAGCGUUGCUAAAAACCACUCCUGGGGGACAAUGCCCAAGACCUUGUGGUGCUCAUUAAGCUACAAAACAAUACUCAUCAUUGAGCAGGGUAAGAGGAAUGACCUGUGGGAUUUUCUCCCCUCAUCAGCACUGAAUUAAGGUGUGAUUUGGAUUUUUUGUUUCUUCCUGUGGGGAGGGUGAAUUCUUUCUCCAGUUUUAUCCUACUGGACAUGAAGGAUGAUACCGUACUUCUAGUAAAUGAUUUUACAGCUGUGUGUGUGUGUUUACAAUGUGUUUUGAUUUUUUGUUAUUUGGGGGCUGUAAGCACAGCUUUCAUGCUGGGUUCAAUUUCAAGCUGGUGCCACUCAGCAUCUGGCUAGUAGAGGAUAAUGUGGGAUAUGUGUUUUUAGAAACUUGAACAAUUGCCACAUAAUAGAGGUGCAAUAAUUUUUAUUCAUGUUGUACCUGCAUGUUGAUGUUCAAAUACUCCUCUGAAAUACACUUCAUUUUUAU